AUGGCUUCCAGGCCCACCAAGAGUCAGGCUGCAGGCAGCAGUGACCAGAGCCCCAAGCCCCACAAGCUCUUAGCUCUCAGCAGUGACCUCACCUCACUGCAACAGGGCCCCAGCUUCCCAGAAGAGAAGUGCAUGGAUGGUUCCCAGCAAGGGGCCCCUGAGAGUCCCAAGAUUCUGCAGGGAAGCCAGCAAGAGCUCCAGGGCCUCCUGAGCCAGGUGCAGGCCCUGGAGAAGGAGGCUGAAAGCACUGUGGACGUGCAGGCGCUGAGAAGGCUCUUUGAGGCUGUGCCCCAGCUGAGAAGGGCCCCCCAGGCUCCUGCUGUCCCCCGCAAGCCUGAGGUCUCAGUGGAGCAGGCCUUUGGGGAGCUGACAAAAGUCAGCACAGAGGUUGCCCGGCUGUGCACAAGGCCCUCAGCUCCAUGUCUAGCCUCCAGCCAGGGGCUAACACUAGGGGUCAUUCCCAGGUGACCCCAAAGGACCACGGUGCCCGCAAGAUCAGUGUUACAGAUAGCAGUAGACAAACCUAACUAUACAGGCCAGGAGAUUAGGGUUCAAACUGCAGUCAAGAGCCAAAAGGAGGUGACAUGCCAUUCUGAGGUCCAGCAUCAAGCCAAGGUCAGAAAUCACACAGAAGCCAGAAGUCAAGCUGCCCUGACCACCUCUCGCACCAGAAGUCUGGAGACACUGAGAGAAGAUUCCGGCCUCCCUCGAGUGUUACCUCCCAGCAGAGAUUCACCCUCCUCCCCAAGCUUCAUUUCCAUCCAGUCAGCCACAAGGAAGCUUCCAGAAGCUCCCAGCCCCAGAGGCAGCCCUGAAAUCUCAGUGAAAAGUGCACACCUCACCCAGGCUGUGGGCCAGGCUCAACUUUACCAGAAGGGUGUCCAGGACAAGGCUGGGAAAAAGGUCACCCAGUGCUCUGGACAGCCCGAGCCUGCCCCUACCUCAGCCAGCUCCCUGCCCACCAGGCGGCAGAAGAGUGUUCUGGAGCUGCAGGCCAGGCCGGGAGGCUCCCAGGGCCACGGAGCCACAAGAACGGUGACUGAACAGUACGAGAGUGUGGACCAGUGCGGGAACACGGCGCUCACAUCACCCACCAUGGUCACCGAGCCGGCAGAGUCCCUGAGGGGCCCAGGCCCCCACCCCGGACUCCAUGCCUCCCCCUUGAUGCGACAGUUCCUGCGCAGCCCCGCCGGGCUCGCCCGCGGCCUGGCAGAAGCCGGGAUGCUCGCAGCCAGCGGCCCAGUGAGCCGCUCCGCCUCCCGCCAUGGCCUCCCACCCAUCCCCAGCGCCCGAGGACGGAGGUGGGUCCCUACCUCUCACACAGAUGAGGAGAGGACCAAGAAGAAAGGGCAGCUUCCGAGACUUGUGGGCAGUGUCCCUUUUGUCAAGUGGCCCUUUCUUGAAAAAGGGGGAAAGAAAAGUUGAGACGGCGCGCCUGAGGAGCCGGAGCACAGGAGCUCGCGGCGACGUCAUACAUGCGGACGCAUGCGCUCCUUGCACAGGCUUGGCCCGCGCGGCGAUACGAGCGCACCCGCAGGAAGGAGCCCCCUAACCCCCGCGAGAGACCCUCUACUUCAGUCUUUGUUUCUUUUAUUAUGAGUCUAAUGUUCUCAGUCUUCCGCCCCUUCACUGCUGGAGAGGAUAGGGCUGGUUGGAUCCAGGCCCCUUCAUCACUAUCUCCAAUGUCCAGCGGCUCAUCCUGGCAGCCCAAAGAUCACAGGGAAAAGGCCGGCGAUCAGCAGUGUCCCUAGAAGCUAAAGGUACUGCCUCUCCACCCCUACUGCCCCUCACUUUGCACCCCAAAUGGGAAGGAUAGAGUCUGAAUAAACCCAAGUUUUAGUCUCUCCUCUUCGUGUCUAUUUGUGCGGAUGUCCCAAAGUCUGGGUCCUCACUGUGGGGUAAAAACAGCCACACCUCCAGGUGCUCCUUUUUCCCAGCCGCAACAGUGUUGGAAGGCUCUGAAAAGCCACACCUUCUACCAUCUUGCUGGGAACCAGAAAGGCCUGCCCAUCCCCUGUUCUCCUUGCUCCCCAAGCCCCAUACAUACACACACUGCUGCCUCUCUACCUCUGGUUUCCCGCCUGGAGGUUCUCAGGCAGCAUCCUGGAGUGGAAUCUGAACAGAUCCCUGCUCCAGAGUGGAAGAAUGGCCCAGCCAGGCCUGGGAAGCAGGGAGGGUGACAAGCCAAGAGAACUCGAGUAGCCAAGAUGGCUGGACCACUUCCUUCGGGUCAGGCCAGGUGCAAUGUGCAGAGCAGGGGUUCCUGGGAAGGGAAGAGCAUAGAUCCUGGCCUAGGAAGUCAGAAUGACUUGGUGAAGGGUCCUUUCAACACUCUCAAAAAUUAUUGAGUGCCUGCUGCAUGCCAGGCCUGUAAUAGGCAGCAGGGACCCAGAAGUGAGGUCUAAUGGGGUCAUGCUCUCAGGGACCUGACUUUAUAGGAUGAAGAGGCAGAGAGACCAUGAGUAAACAGGAAAAAUCCGAUCAGGAAUAACGGCUGUACACCCGACUAGGUACAUCUGCCACUCUGGGGUAGGGGUCUUAAAACAUGAUGAUGUGACAGUGAUGGGGGUUGCCUUAGAGAAUGUGACCAAGGCAGACCUCUGCAAAGGGAAAAAAAAA